UAGUAAGUGACACUGUGAAAUUGCAAUCAUAAUGGAAACAAUGGACGGGGAAACAGCUCCAAUUGAAUCAUCUCCGCCUCUGAAUAUUCUGUGUGGCAUCUGCAACGAGUUCUAUCGGGCAAACGACCUUAUAUUUUCCACUGCAAGCUGCGGACAUGUAUUUCAUAAGGAGUGCCUGACGCGCUGGCUUGGCCGUUCUCCGACGUGUCCACAGUGCCGGGCCAAUUGCCAUCGGAAUCGCAUCCACCGCAUUUAUCUGAAUUUCGGCGAACGCACGGAAUUCGAUGACCAAGAGGCACCGAAGCAGCCUGUUCAAUGGGUGGCCAUAGAUCUCGACACCCACAGUCCCCAGGGCGCACACAACGUACCGGAAGGUGCCCUUCAGUGUGGCACCGAUGAGGAUGGCCUGCCCACAUAUGUAGCCCGCGGCUACUUCAACGACGAUCUGUUGCCAGCGAGCUAUGUGCCCCAGAAGAAGGCAGCGUUUGGCUCUUGGAGUUGCCGCUCCCAUAGGCUUGUUGACGGGGUGGAAGUCCUCGUCUUGAACGACUGCGAUUGCCAGUGGGUUCCUGGAUCCACGGGUAGUUUCCCCCCGAACGCACUUCAGACAGGAUACUCCGAGAUUGGCGAGGUGACGUACACUGGACGCGGGGUAUACGAAGGCAUCACGAGGCUGGGAAAAGUGCAUCCAUCCCACAAGGUCAUGUACAUACCGCACCACGGACAGGAGGUAAACACAUCUAGCUAUGAAGUUUUGGUGGUUACACCUCGCGUAGAAGCGACAUGUGCUCCGUGAGAUGCAUCGAGAAUCUCUCGAAGAGUUGUAUAUUUAAUGUUCCACCCGUAUAAUAAAAUACAGCUAAUAAAGUC